CGCUCUCCCAGCCACAACCAGUCACGCUCGUUCACCCAUGGCAGACAGCCAGGACUUCUCGGUCGAGGAGAGCCGCGCAAAGCGCGUCGAACGGCUGCAGUCGAAGUAUCGGAACAGAGGAGGGGUGUUCCAGCCUGCCACACAUAAUGCGUUGCUGGAUAUCCUGCUCUCGCGCGGGGUCAAUGGGGAGUCGCCGUCGAAGCGGAGGAAGAGCCGCAAGUCAUUUGCGCCUUCUACGAGAGACCCGGGAUCCCCGACGAUAGAGAGGCGGAAGUCUCUGACGGGUGCGGCGGAGGAGGUGGCGGAGGAGCUUACGCCGAAGGAGAGUGCUAAGGGCAAAGCUAAGGCUACGCCAAGUCGCCGCAAGAGUCAGGUACCUAAGAAGAGGAAGAGUACAGCUGCGAGUGCGAAGCCGCACAAGUCGGUUGAGGUCGAGGUAGAAGACGAAGAGCCUGUCGUAGGUCCCUCUCGUACAUCAAAAACAUCCACGAAGACGUCAAGGCGCAAGGCGAAGGAGGAUAGUGAAACUGAAGACCAAGAAGACCCGCCCAAGAAGGCCGUCAAGCGUGCACAACCCAAGAAGGCUGCGAAGACCACGAGGACCACGAGGGCCACGAAGAAGCAACAGGAAGCAGAGGACGAAGUGAUCGCUUCUGUCCCACCGCCCAAACGAGCAAGCGAGAAGCGUUCUCGCCGUCAGAAGGAACCGGUUGAGGAGGAUCCGGAUGAUGAGCCACCCGUCCCGCCCAAACGUGUCAAGACAGCCUCGGAGCGGCCUUCAGCGAGUUCGUCGGGUGCUCAUAAACAACCCCUCGAGACCAUUCUCGAAGAAAGCGAUAGCGAAGAAGACAUCCCUCUGCGGCUCAUAGUCAAGCGGGCGAAAGCAAAAGCUGGAAAGGGUGCGAGCAGCAUCGGCAAAGUGCCUUCCAAGCAACCUGUGAUUCCAGAUGCGGCGUCGAAGCCCAAGAAGGCCGUCUCGAAGCCCAAGGCCGGCACUGACGAAGAGGCAGCUACAAUGUCCAAACGAUCGAAAGCAAAGGCGAACGAGCCUGACGAGGACGACGCCGUGGAUACGCAACCCAUGGCAUCGUCUAGCGGAACCAUCCAGAACUACACGAAGGCCGUCACGUCCAAACGAAAGCUCCCUGCAGUCCCUGAGCCGUUCGUCGACUCCGACUCUGAUGAAGAUUUGCCACCCAAGCCGAAGGCGACCAAGCCCUCGUACAAGCAGGCGGACGGCGCGAUCAAGUCUGCAGCUACACCGAACGAUCGCGAUGAUGCUUCUUUCUCCAGGAAGCCGCGACCUGCCCACAAGGACGGCAAGAGUGCUGCUUCAGCACGUGAAGACGUGGACGAACCAGAGCAUCAAGAACCUUCAAUGACGUCUAGGAAGCGCGAAAGAGGCAAACCGGCGUCGGCUGUACCACCUCCGGAGGAUGAGCUAGAUGCAGACGACCAGCCCGCACCUCCGCGCAAGCGCACGAAGCGGUCAGCAGCGCUAGUGAACGGCGAAGCUUCGGGGCAUGUCCCCGCGUCGGUUGGAGAGGAGGCAGACCAGAUUGAACCUGUGCAGGAGGAAGAACCCUCUGUCAAGCCUAAGUCCAAGUCGACCAGUCGUACGAAGAAACCGCCGUCAUCGCAGACCAAGACGGAAUCCAAACAGUGCGUUCCCUGAUCCUUGUCACCUCACCGCUCGCUUUAGCCGAUGAUAUUCCUCCCUAUGCAGACGACCGAGGAAGCUGAAGGAGAACUUGCCCGCUGCGUCUCGGACCGCACACCAGAAAACGGUCAACAAGUAUCAGCCAAAGCCGAAGGUAAGUCGACAUCAGGC